AUACAAAACCACCGCAAUCAAAGACAGACAGAAAUAAGAGAAACUCCUCUCCCUCUUUUCUUGAUUUCGGCUCAAAUUUCUUUCUACUUUUCUCUAAGACUUAAAUCCCUAGAACAAAAGCCUGUUGGGGUGGUGUUGGUUUUAGUUCUUACAUAUUUCUUGUUGAUCGGGUUUGUGGGGAGACAUCGCAGGUUUAGAUUGGUGGAGGGCAAAUUGAGAAAUGUCAAAUAAUAAUAAUGCAGCAGCAUGUGCAGAAAGGGCAACAAGUGAUAUGCUGAUCGGUCCAGACUGGGCCAUAAAUAUUGAGCUAUGUGAUCUUAUCAAUAUGGAUCCUGGGCAAGCAAAAGAUGCUUUGAAGAUACUGAAGAAGCGCCUUGGAAACAAAAAUCCAAAAAUACAGCUUCUUUCGCUUUUCGUACUGGAAACUCUGAGCAAAAACUGUGGAGAGAAUGUGUUUCAGCAAAUCGUUGAGCGGGACAUCUUGCAUGAUAUGGUCAAAAUUGUAAAGAAAAAGCCUGACUUAAAUGUGCGGGAAAAGAUUCUUAUCCUGAUAGACACUUGGCAAGAAGCUUUGGGGGGACGUGGGGGAAGGUAUCCCCAAUACUAUGAAGCAUACAACGAACUGAAGUCUGCAGGAGUAGAUUUUCCACCAAGAGAAGAGAACAGCGUCCCACUAUUCACGCCACCACAAACUCACCCUGUUGUGCACCCAACGUCACCUUAUGAGGAAGCAGCUAUUCAGGCUUCCCUUCAGACUGAUGCUUCUGGACUCAGGUACUUGUCAGAAAUCGUGAAUGCGGAAGGGAUAGCAGAUGUGUUGAUGGACAUACUUAAUGCUUUGGAUCCUAAGAAUCAUGAGGGAGUUAAGGAAGAAUUGAUUGUUGACCUUGUUGACCAGUGUCGUUCUUACCAAAAACGUGUCAUGACCCUUGUAAACACUACAUCAGACGAAGAGCUUCUAGGUAAGGGUUUGGCAUUGAAUGAUACUUUGAUGCGUGUUCUUCGUUGCCAUGAUGACAUUGCCACGGGCGUCCCUUCUCACCCCAUUGUGACCACAACAAGAGAAACUUCGGUGGCACCUCUUGUGAACGUAACUCAUGAGGAUGACGAGUCCGAUGAUGAUUUUGGUCAGCUAGCACACCGGUCAUCGAGGGAUACGUUACAGGGACAAGGCCGGAACCAAAAUUCUGCAAGAACCGAACCAUUGCGUGUGGCCCCACUUCUACCCCCUCCACCCUCAUCACGGAAACCUAUUAGUGCCGAUUCAGGCACGAUGGUUGAUUAUCUAAGCGGUGAUGCAUACACCUCUCAACGAUCUUCUGGAAGCCGUCCAUCGACAACUCCCCCAGUACCUUCAUCCGAUUACAUAAACCCAACUGCAUCCCUUCCUGAAUCUGAUUACAUAAACCCAACCGCAUCACUUUUUGCCGAUCAACCUACAUACGAUGAACCCAAGUCUGCAGACCAUGCACCGUUGGCUCCAUAUAGUGCACCAACCACAGCUCCACCUGUGUCCAUCCCACCACCGCCUGCAAAACAGACCCAGAGACAGCAGUUCUUCAACCAGAAUCAUCAUGGUUCACAUUCUAGCAGCGGCUCAGGUUCGUCUUAUGAUGGCUUGGUUGGUCAGACUCAGAAUCUGUCUCUUAACUCUUCGACGCCAACCAAGAAAGAAAAACCGGAAGACGCUUUGUUCAAAGAUCUCGUUGAUUUUGCGAAAGCCAAGUCGUCACCAUCGUCAUCAUCUUCUUCUUCGUAUCCGAAUAGAUCGUUUUGAAUCGAUACACUUGUUUGGAGUAUAAAUUAACUAGUUGUUUUGGAGUUGUGUUUAUGGAGUAGAGGGAUUUGUGGUGGGGAAUAAAAUGGAUUAUUGAACUUGUGGGUUGUUUUGUUAUGCUUGUAUUACUUGGUUUUUAUGUCUGUAAAUGAGGUUCUUUUUUCUUAUGUGUCA